AUGAACGGCGGCUCCGGCGCAGCAGAAAAGGGCCCGUCUGGGUGGUGCCCGCGGCGGAACCCGGAAGCGGCGGCGGCGGCCAUGGCGGCGGAGGCGGGCUCGGUGCGGCUAUGGGCGCGCACGGAGCCGUUCCUGGUGGGCGCUCUGCCGGCACCGCCGCCCGCCCGCCUCGCCCCGCACUACCUGCGCAAGGCCGCCGCCUACGCCCGCGCCAGGGCCGCCCAGGGCUGUUUCCCGCGGCUGCGCUGGCCCCGCUGGCGCCACAUCGCCUGCGGGAAGCUGCAGCUCGACCGCGACCUCGCCUGGCUCUACUUCGAGCUUUUCCGCGGCCUCCUCGAGCCCGACCCACCCCGCCGCCUCCGCUGGGCCGAGGCGGAGGCCUCCUGUGCCAGCGCCGAGGAGCUGGAGCGGGAGCGGAGCAAGCUGUCCGUGGACACGCUGCAGUUCCUGCUGUUCCUGUACGUGCAGCAGCUCCACAAGGUGUCCCUGCGCAGGUCCCUGCUCGGCGACGAGUGGCCCAGCCCCAGGACCACAUCUCCCGGCUUUCCUGGGAAAUCUGCCGGUGGGAAUAAGAACUGGAAUGACCAGGAGCACCGAGCCUUCGUGCAGAGCCACCUCCUGGACAUGCUGGAGCUGCUGCUGGAGCCGGAGCAGCUCUCGGCCUCGUCCCACUCCAGCUCCAGCAGCCUGGUGUCCCUGGAGGCCGUGGGUGCCCUGAGCCUCCUGCUCGAGGGCUCUGUGGGUGCUUCCCGGGCGGUGCUGCCGCUCCACGAGCUGGCCCUGUGCCCGCCCUGCCACCCCCACAACGGCUUCUCCCAGGGGGCCAGAGCCUUCUCCCUGCCCCGGCUGGAGAGCUGGAUCCGCUCCUGCCUCACCGCCAACCCCUUGGGAAUGACCGCCUGCAUCCGGGCCGGCAGGAAGCUGGCGUGGGCACAGCAAGUUGAAGGAGCAACCAGGAGAGCCAAGAUUGCCUGCAGUGGCCGGGUGGUGCCCGAGGUGUCCCCCAUGGUGAUCAUGAGCCAGGUGUACAAGCAGACCCUGGCCAAGAGCUCGGACACCCUGGUGGGGGCUCACGUGAGGAUCCAUCGCUGCAACGAGUCCUUCAUCUACCUCCUGUCCCCCCUCCGCUCCGUGACCAUCGAGAAGUGCCGGAGCAGCACGUUCGUGCUGGGCCCCGUGGAGACGUCGGUGCACGUGCAGAGCUGUGACGGCGUCAGGGUCAUGGCGGUUUGCCACCGCCUGUCCCUGGCAGCCACCACCGGCUGCACGUUCUACACUCUGACACCCACCCAGCCCCUCAUCCUCUCGGGGAACCAGGCGGUCAGCCUUGCCCCUUUCCACACCCACUACCCCAUGCUGGAGGACCACAUGGCUCAGGUGGGCUUGGCCACUCUGCCCAACUACUGGGACAGCCCCAUGCUGGUGUGCAGGGAGAGCAGUGACACGGGUGUGUUCCGCCUCCUGCCCCCCUCGGACUUCUACACCUUCGUGAUUCCCUUUGAGAUGGAAGGAGACACCACGGAGACGCCGGGGGGGCUCCCCCCGGAGUACCAGGAGGCUCUGAGGCAGCGGGAGCAGCGGGUGCAGGUGUGGCAGCGCGCGGUGAAGGAGGCGGGUCUGACCAGGGAUCAGAGGAAGCGGCUCCAGACGUUGGUAGAAAACAAGUUCUACGAGUGGCUGGUGCAGACGGGGAACCGGCAGCAGCUGGACAGCCUUGUCCCCCUUGCCAUGGGAUCCAAGCAGGCAGCAGGAUAACAUCCCAGUCCUCAGCACAGAAGGGAGAGGAAGGAGCUCAGGGAACAGGCAGCAAUACCCCCAGCCCAGUUCUCAUUAAGACUUUGUGGCCGUCCUGCCUGGACCCGCUGGAUCCAACACCCAGCCUUGCACUGUCUGGCUGCUUUAGGAUUCCUGAUCCCUGCUGCCUUCCCAGGAAUGUGCUGUAGUUAUCCUGUUGGUGACUGAGAUGGCACUGGAGGAUGAUGAGUUGUGCCUUGUUGUAGAGCUGUCCUCAUGGUAGGUGUCCAUGUGUGCAGGUGUCCAGCACACCAGGGAUGCAGGGCCCUGGGCAUCACCUGCAUUUCACGGUACAAACCAGCUGCACUGCUUUUAGAAAUGUGAAAAAGAAGUGUUUGAUUUUUUUUUUUUUUAUGAAUGCAAUCUGGUAGGUUUUUUUAAUAUGAAGAUGGCAUUAAGUGAUGGGGUUUUUAUGGGAUGAACUUUUGUAAGCGCUGGGAUUUUGUGGAAUGAACUUUUGUACAUGGUUGCAUUGUUUUGACAAAUGUCAAUAAACCAGAGUUCUUGGAUAAA